AGUGACGCCGGCUUCGAGGCGCGCAGGCGCACUGUGUUGCCAGGCUAUCGUUAUUCCCAACCGAAAGAUUGCAAGCCGGGGAGCUUCAACUGCCAAGAUGUGCAAAACCGCGGUGGCUUACCUGUAGCGCCAGUGUUAGACUCAGGAGGCGGUGAAAAGCUGACGGGGAGGUGAGCGGUGUCUGAAGCCGGUAGGCCCUAUGAUGAAGAAGAUUUUUCACUUCGGGAGUAGGAAGGGCGAGUCGCCCUUGGGCUCCUCCACAAGCCCCGGGAGAGACAGCAGGAGCAGCGGUAACUCCCCGCCUAGGUACCAUAUCCGAGACAAGGAUCUCAAAAAGAUCCAUAAAGCUGCCAGCGUAGGCGACGUGGCCAGAGUGCAGCAGAUUCUGCUGCUCAGGAAAAAUGGCUUGAACGACAGAGACAAGAUGAACAGGACUGCUCUCCAUUUGGCCUGUGCCAAUGGCCAUUCAGCAGUGGUGACUCUCCUGGUAGAGAGAAGAUGCCAGCUGAACCUCUAUGACAAUGAAAACAGGACAGCGCUGAUGAAGGCCAUACAGUGCCAAGAAGAGGCGUGUGUGACUAUUCUGCUGGAACAUGGUGCCGACCCAAACCUCACAGACGGUAGUGAAAACACUGCUCUCCACUAUGCUGUCUUGGCUGAGAAUACGUCGAUUGCAGCAAAGCUGCUUUCCUACAAUGCCAAUAUUGAAGCAAGAAACAAGGAUGACCUCACACCACUUUUACUAGCUGUAAGUGAAAACAAACAGCAAAUGGCAGAAUUUCUUGUAAAGAAAGAGGCAAAUAUACAUGCAGCCAAUAAGGUGAAAAGCAAUCACCAACUGAUUUCCAAAUACAAAGAAGAAAAGAGACCUAAAACUCCUUCUCAAAAUAGCAACCCAGAAGAUUUAGUGGAUGAGAGUUCUGAAGAUGACUCUUUAAGCAGGCUUUCCAACAAACCUGAUAUUGAUGAUUCGUGGCCUUCAUCAGAUGACGAAGACUUAGAUUUUGCUCCCAAGAAUGUCCAGAAACCAAGUUUAACAAAGCUAAUUUAUGCCUGUCAGCAAUCCAGGAAAAAUAUAGAGGCAACAUAUGAUGUUUUGAGACCAGGAACUAGCACCUUCUUUGAGGACAAUAAUUCUGAUAGUAAAAAUGAGGAUGUGGUUGGAACCUUUCCCAAACCAUCAGUCAAAGUCCCAGGCUGUUCUCAUCCUGCCUGCCCAUCACCAGAACCUCUUCAAAAACCUCUCAAGUCUUUGGCAGGCCUUGGUCUUACAAAGGAAGGAGCAACAAAGCCAGAAAUUGGAAAAAAAGAAAAUGGUACUGAGACUAUUGAAAGUGCUCCACAGGGGCAAACAGACCAGAACAAAUUGACCUCUGUUGAUGGAGCACACAAAAAUAACAGAAGUGAUAUGAUGUCAGCAUUAGGAUUAGGAGAAGACGAAGAUAUAGAAUCACCUUGGGAUUCUGAGAGUAUCUCCGAGAGUCAACCACUGAAGUAUGUUGAUCAUUUAUCUGGAGCUGCAGGUCAAGGAGGAGACAAUAUAUUAAAAGGACAAAUAGAAGAUGUGUCUUAUAUACCUUCUUGCAUGAGUGGAUCAAGAAACCUUAUGAUGGCUAAACUAGAGGACCCAAGGAAUGUAGGCAUACCAGUAGCCCACAUGGAUUCUACUGAAAAAUAUCCCCACUUGAAGUGUGCAGUUGGAGUGAAGGAUUCUGUUCCUAGUAAAACUGGAGGAAUGAAGGAUUUACAAGCAUCCAGAUCAGCAGAACUAGACUUAGAAAUGACAUCCGAGGAAGAGAAAGAAAGAGUUGAUGGAAGUGAAAAUAACCACUCACAGGUUGAAGAAGAAAAGGAGAAGCACAGAAGUAGUGAAAUGGAAGGAUCAGGAAACAUGUGUGAUGCCAGUGAGGACAGUGGAUUAAUUCAGCAGAGCAAGAAUGGAAAAACUAACAACCAGCAGUUUCCUACUGUGGAGAAUGGAGAUUCUGAUAGUAGCAGUCCUGGCUUGGAUAUGAAGGAAUUAAAGAAAAAUGAAAAUGAAAAAUGGACAUCCAAAGCAUCUGUGAUUUCACCAGUGUUUGAGAAGGCUGACUCACUGGCUGGUGGUCUCCUACAAGAGAAUGAUGACAGCAGUUUAAGUGAAGUACAUCAAGAUGAUGGCAGGUCUGCAAAGGAAACAUCUACUGAAAAAGACAAGGUCAAAGAGCAAAUUAGUUCUGUGGAUGACCUCGAUGACUUAACUCUGUCAUCAGAAACGGCUUCCGAGGACUGCGAAUUGCUUUUCCCUAAUUAUAAGAAUACCCUGUUGUUAAUGGAACAACUUGGCCUGGAGUGUAAAGAUUCUAUUAGCUUUUUGAAAAUUCAGGAUGCAGUUCUUUCAUACAGAAGAUUAAUAGAACUUAAAAAAAACCACUGUGAACUACUUACAGGAAAAAUUAAAAAAAUGGAAAAUAAGGUUAGUGGGCUACAAAAGGAGCUGUCAGAAACCAAAGAGCUGAAAUCACAGUUAGAACAUCAAAAAGUGGAGUGGGAACAAGAGCUCUGCAGUCUGAGAUUCACUUUAAAACAAGAGGAAGAGAAGAGGAAAAAUGCUGAUAUAUUAUAUGAAAAAACUAGGGAGCAGUUAAGAAGAAAAGAAGAGCAGUACAGUGAAGAAGUUGAAAUGAAACAGCAGCUUGAAUUCACGCUCCGAGCCCUGGAAGUGGAAUUGCGGACUGCAAGGAAUAAUCUGAAUCAGAAUCAAAAACCUAAUGAAAUGUGUCUCCAGGUUGUGGAAGAGCUGAAUAAUACUCAGAGGCAACUAUCUCGAGAGCAGAAUGCCAGAAUAUUACAAGAUGAAAUCCUGACCAAUCACCUUUCCAGACAAAAGGAGAUAGAAAUGGCUAAUAAGGAAAUGAAUGCUGAGGUUUCUCAUAGUCAUGAAAAAGAAAAAGAUCUGUUGUGUAAAAACUACAUGUUAUGGGAAGAAAUUACCAUGCUGAAUCUAGAAAGAGAAACAAUAAAACAUCAGAACCAAGAAAAGGAAAAUAAAUAUUUUGAGGACAUUGAAAUCGUAAAGGAAAAGAAUGAUGAUCUUCAAAAGAUAAUAAAACAGGAUGAGGAAACAUUAACAAAAACAAUAUCCCAAUAUAAUGGGCAGCUUAAUGUUCUGACAGCUGAGAAUACAAUGCUAAGCUCUAAACUGGAGAAUGAAAAACAAUGCAAAGAAAGACUGGAAACAGAAGUUGAAUCAUACCGUUCCAGACUGGCUGCUGCCAUCCACGAUCAUGAGCAAAGUCAGGCAGCAAAGAGAGACCUGGAGCUUGCCUUCCAGAGAGCAAGAGAUGAGUGGUUUCGCUUACAGGACAAAAUGAAUUUUGAUAUAUCUAACCUGAAAGAUAACAAUGAGGUACUUUCCCAGCAACUUUCUAAAGCUGAAAGUAGAUUGAAUAGCCUAGAAAUUGAGCUCCAUCACACGAGAGAUGCUCUCAGAGAAAAGACGUUGGUGUUAGAAUGUGUGCAGAGAGACCUAAGCCAAGCCCAGUGUCAAAAGAAGGAAAUUGAACACUUGUAUCAAAACGAACAAGGGAAAGUGAGUAAAUACAUUGGAAAGCAGGAAUCCUUAGAGGAGAGGUUAUCUCAGCUACAGAGUGAAAACAUGUUGCUUCGACAGCAACUGGAUGAUGCUCAAAACAAAGCCGAUAGCAAAGACAAGACAGUCAUUAAUAUCAAAGACCAAUUUCAGGAUAUCGUGAAAAAACUUCAAGGUGAAAGUGAAAAACAAGUUCUGAUGCUGGAGGAAAGAAACAAGGAGUUAAUCAAUGAAUGCAACCAUUUAAAAGAGAGAAUGUAUCAGUGUGAAAAUGAGAGAGCAGAAAGAGAAGCCUUUGUGAGACAGCUUCAACAAGAACUGGCUGACACCCUAAAGAAGCAGUCCAUGUCGGAGGCUUCCCUGGAGGUCACAUCACGUUAUCGGACUCAUUUAGAAGACGAGGCACAAGAUUUAAAGAAGAAAUUACGUCAAAUCACAAGUCAAUUGCAAGAAGCACAAGAUCAACAUGCAGAGGCCAUGAGAUGUGCUGAGAAGAAACAGGAUCUCCUGCAAAAGCUUGAAAUGGAAAAUUCCAAGUUAAAAGUUACCAACAAAAAGCAAGCGGGCAAAAUUGAACAGCUUCAGAAAAACCUGUUAAGUAUAAAUUCGUCCGAGGAUGAAAAGGAACAAUUAAAGAAAUUAACUGAGUUAAAGCAAUCUCUGGAAUAUAGUUUGGAUCAAGAAAUGAAGAAAAAUAGUGAAUUAGAAAAAGAGAUUACUGGAUUUAAGAAACUCUUAAAAAUGACAAGAAGGAAGUUAAAUGAAUAUGAAAGUGGAGAGAUUAGUUUCCAUGGAGACUUCAAAACCGAUCAAAUUCAAACAGAUAUUCAGAUUAAUAUGCUAAAACAUGAGAUUGUUGAUCUUACAGCAAAACUGGAAUCUGCAUCUUCAAAAUACCUCCAUCUGGAGGUAGAAAAUCAACUUCUUCAACAGGAGUUAUUAUCUAUGAAAUCGAUGCAAAAGAAAUGUGAAAAACUAGAGAAGAAUAAAAAGAAGUUGGAAGAAGAAGUAGUGAACCUCAAAAGUCACCUAGAAAUGAAUAUAGUGGAACACAGUCAAGUAGAGCAGUACAAACGGGAGAUUGAAGAGCGAGCAAGACAGGAUGUAGUAGAAAAAUUAAAAGAAGUCAACCUGUUUUUACAGAUGCAAGCAGCAUCUCAAGAAAACUUAGAGCAGUUAAGAGAGACUAAUAAUGCUUCAAUAAGAAGUCAAAUGGAACUCAGAAUUAAAGAUCUGGAAGCUGAACUCUCCAAAAUGAAAACUUUUCAAGAAGAAAAUAAAGCAGAAUUGGGAAAAUACAAGCAACUCUACCUAGAAGAACUAAAAGUUAGAAAGUCAUUGGCAAAUAAACUAAACAAGGCUAAUGAGAGGCUGGCUGAGAUUAGUACUAAACUUCUGGUGGAGAAACAGCAGAACAAAUCUUUACUCAGCACUCUUCAUAUGAGGCCAGUCCUCGAGCCGCCUUGUGUUGGAAACUUUAGUAAUAGUUUAGUGCUCAAUAGAAGUCUUACUCCAAGAGAAAACUUAAUGAUUUCUACCUCAAGUCUACGCCCUUCAGAUAACAGCAUGGAGACUUACUUGGCCAAGAUGCGGGAGGAGUUGGAAAAGAAUAUAACUAGAGAACUAGAAGAAGCUGCUGCUGAAUUUGAAUCUGGAUCCUAUGGAGCUCUUCUAGGAUCUACGGAUGACUCAAAUCUAAAUCAAGAUCUGGUUUUGAAAGCACGUCAAGAGUAUGUGCAGAUUUUGAAGAAAAAGUAUAUGGUCUAAAAAGUAAAUACUAAAAAUUUAUCUGCUGGGCUGUUUGUCUGUAACAUUUUAGUUAUUUCCCAUUAAGUAAGACAUUGACAAUGUUUAUUAAAGGAAAAUAUUUUUGUAUUAUAUGUGCAUGAUUAAAUUUAUUUAGUAUUUUAAACUACA